AUGAAAGAGAAUAUAAGCGAGAUUCUUGACUUGUUGGAAGCUAGAGUAGACAUUCUCGAACAAUCCAUUGGAGAUGUGACAGGAUUGGAUAGUGAUAUCCCGUCCAAAGUGCUUACGUUAUCCUCUAAACUGUACGGUAUAUGUUACCAAGGUAAUAAAUACGAUCAAACAAUGCUUGCUUUAUUGAAUAAAUCAAUUUCCACCAUGGAUGAACAAUCAAGUUCCUCACUAUCAACAUUACCGUUACAGACAGUCUUGGUUUGUGCUGAUUCAAUUAAGGAAUUAUUAUUUAAUCUCAAUGAGCUCGAAGAAGAAUCCGAACAAUCAAUUAAUAUGGAUUCAAUAUCGAAUAUACAGGCCUUCCCCGAGAAGUCUACAAGCUUAACAAAACUACCUUAUUUAUUUAGCUAUUCAAGAUUGUUACUGAUGAAGUCUCUUUUACUUUCUAGAUUUUAUUUGAAAUCUAAUUACGCAAUCAAUGCUCGGUUCCAAGAAAUGCAAUUUCAACUUGCAGAUAUGUCACAAAAAAUAGACGACCUAAUAAAUACCAUAGAGUUUUAG